AUGACGGCCACUUCUGGAGGAGAUCAUGCGCCGUUGACGAAAGUAGAGGCCCCCCCGCCGACCGUGCGUGUCGGUGUGGGAUGCGUGUUGGUAAAUCGCGCGGGACACAUUUUGGUCGGCAAGCGGAAAAAGUCUCACGGUGCGGGGCAAUACGCCCUACCCGGUGGACACCUAGAGAUGGGUGAGGAGUGGGCCGAUUGCGCCGCACGGGAAGUUAGAGAAGAAACUGGGCUAGUGUUGGAACCCGAAAAUUUUCGCUUUCUUUACGUCUCGAACGACGUGUACACGGAGGAAAAGCACUACGUCACGAUCUUCAUGCUGCACACGCCGAAGAUUGGCGAGGACCGGACACCCCAGAACCUGGAGCCGGAAAAGUGCGAAGGAUGGAGCUGGCAAGAUUGGCAACAGCUUCAUGAACGCUUUGUAGAUGAAGAAAAAUUCUUGUCUUUGCGGCAACUGCUGCGCUUUAUGGAGAAAGAAAAAGGCGCGCUUGACAACCACGGGGCAUGAUGUGACGGGUAGGCAACGUCAAUGAAGAGCAAAAAUAUCUAUAUCAUAAUGUAAUGUUGUUUUAGGCUACAGUUCUUCUUCUUGUACCACCUGGUCCCGACGAAAAUGAAAGGCUUGUGCUGGAUUCAAUUAUACUCCAAAAAUGACAUCAGCCACAACAAGUGACAGUGAGCUUCCAGCACUCAAUCGCUCAGUUACUGUUUCGGGUGGCACUAUUCCCGUUGAUAUCGCGAUUGAUUAGGACAUAGCAUGGGGAUAAUAAAGUAGGUGCAUUUACGGCGUCUCCACACCGGCACGAGGGGGCACGAACAAAGACGAAACCGUGCUCCGCCUCCAUUAUUGACAGUCACUAUUAACCGCUAUUAGAGAGGACGGAUUCGG